CGGGGUUUGGCUCGUGAGAGCGGGUGGCUCGCGCUGACAGGUCCGCGAGAGGGACGGGCAGGAGUGACAGCCGCUCUCGGUUCUCUGGGCGGACUAACACCUCUCGGAGAGACUCACUGGCCAUUCGUAGCUCGACCCCCUUCACAGCAUCUCCGCUUUGAAUUCAUCCUCCGUGAGCUGCUGCUGAAGCAGGUGAGGCGGCUUUUGUGGAAUUCGCUGCCUGUCUGAAAGGUGACGAUGCCAAAUAACGGGACUCGCAGACUUGCGGACACAUUGUAAAUCCCUGGAAAGAUUUGAUGACCAAGGAUGCAUCUCUGAGCUGGACUACCAGAAAAUACCCACUGGGAUCUACUGGCUGGAAAUUACAAACUUCUGAAUGGAUGUUUUCACGUGCGGAGAGGAUGCUGGUCUGUUCGUCCUGCUGACCUGCUUUUGGUAGUUUCGGGAGUGUCUCCGUUCCUUGCCAUUUUCCAUCUCCUGUUCUUCCAGAAAGGCCCACCUCAGCCCGAGAGAAGAUGUGACCCAGGCAAAGGAAUAAUCUGGCUGCCUGUAGCCCCCUCCCUUUCUCCCACACGUUUGGCUCGUAGCUCCUUUCUCUCUGUCUUUCUCUCUCUCACUUGCUCUCACUUGGAGAUAUUACUACUCACACCGGGGAUGGAUGUACCGCCUGAAACCAGCAAGCAUGUAAAGAAGUCCACAAGUCAAAAGCUGGAGGAUCAGAAAAAGAUCUACACUGAUUGGGCGAACCAUUAUUUGGCCAAGUCCGGCUGCCCGAGGCUUAUUAAGGACCUGACUCAGGACAUACCCGAUGGAGUUCUGCUGGCAGAAAUCAUCCAGAUAAUAGCUAAUGAGAAGGUAGAAGAUAUCAACAGCUGCCCCAAGAGUCACUCUCAAAUGAUUGAGAAUGUGGAGGCUUGUCUGAAUUUCUUAGGGGCCAGAGGAGUCAGUGUUCAAGGGCUCUCUGCUGAAGAGGUGUGUAAUGGGAAUCUGAAGAGCAUCCUGGGUCUGUUCUUCAUCCUGUCCCGCUACAAACAACAACAGCAGCACCAGCAGCAGUACCUGCAGUCGUUAGUGGAGCUACAGCAGCACGUCACGCAUCAAACCACAGGGGCGGCGCCAGCGAGCCAACACAAAACACAAGACAUGCAGUCCAGUCUCACCGCACGAUAUACAAGUCCACCAGGUCACAGUGGAAUAGCAGCCCCUCAGAAGAAAAACACAAGGUUGCCAGGUCCCUCCAGAGUCCCCGCUGCAGGCAGCGGCAGUAGCAGUAGUAAAACCCACGGAUCCUCAAACCUGAACCGAAGGAGCCAGAGCUUCAACAGUAUUGACAAGAGCAAACCACUUCAGUAUGCUAGCGGCAACGAUAGAGAGUCGGUGAAGGGCAUUCCUCUGCCAGGCAGCAUGAACGGCAGUGGCUCGGUGCCCUCCAGCACCAGCGGGCAGCAGCUGGCCUCUGCCAUCCCCUCUCCCACUGCUGGAAAGACCUGGCGCAGCAAGUCCAUGAACAUGAAGCACAGUGCCACCUCAUCUAUGCUGGCCACCAAACCGCCCAGCCCAACCGCUUCUCCGACCCCUCCCUCGUCAUCCGAUCGCCUCCGUCCCCCAAUCACAGACUCCUCCAAAUCCGCCCCUGGCAACCAGCGCUCAAUGUUGGAGAAAUUCCGGCUGAUCAAUCCUCGAUCGGCAUCCAGAACCUCACCCUCAGUGGCCGAAAUGGCUCUCCAGGAAGAGGAUGAUUUGUCGGAGUUUGGCGAUGAGGGGACCUGCAGUCCCACACCGCCCUGCGGGAUCUCAAAACAGCAGGGGAAGACCCCCGCAUCCUCCUUUGCACCCCCAAGCAAGGCUAACAACUGCAAGAACCACAAUAAUAAGUCCUUGCCACAACCCAAAGACAAAGAGGACAAGAACAAGACCAAGAGCAAAGCAAGCACGCCACCCAAAGAGGAGCCAGUGAUGGUGGAGCCCUCUAAGAAAGGCUCCAAGAUUGCCAGCCUCAUCCCCAAAGGAGGCAAAACAUCCGCAGCCUCUGUGAAGAAAGAAAGUGCAAUCCCAGCCUCCUCCGGCAUCCCAAAGCCUGGUCUGAAGGCUCCAACAGCGACCACCAAGCCUGCAGCAAGCCAACCCAGUGUACCUGCAACUAGUGUUCCUGCUACAGGUGGCGAGAAGACCAAACUUAGUAAAGGUGGUCAGUCUAUAUAUAUGCAGAGAUCUUUGGGAGGAUUGGAGAAUCGGAAGACCAGCAUGGUGUCGUCAACAAGUACCUCAGCGCUUUCUGGAUCCGCCACAUCUGGGCUGGGUGGUGGAGGAGCUCUAGGUGGUAAUGGGGCAGUACAGCUUCCCCAGCAGCAACAACACAACCAUCCCAACACCGCAACCGUCGCCCCCUUCAUGUAUCGGACAUACUCAGAGAACGACUGCACUACUGUGGUCCCCCCUGAACCGUGUCUCAGUCCCACAAAAGACCUGGUCUACAGCAAGACCGCCAAACAGUGCCUGGAGGAGAUCUCAGGGGAAGAUCCAGAAACUAGACGGAUGCGUACAGUGAAGAACAUCGCUGACCUGAGACAGAAUCUUGAAGAAACCAUGUCGAGUUUACGUGGGACGCAGCUUAGCCACAGUACCCUUGAGACAACAUUCGACACCACUGUAACCACAGAAGUGAACGGUCGUGGCCUCCCCGCCCUCUCGAGCCGCUCCUCCCCAAUGUCUUGGCGUCUCGGCCAAGCGUCGAGUCCCCGUCUUCAGGCCGGCGACGCUCCCAGCUACGCUCCGCCCAGAUCCAGUGCCGGCACCACAGCUCGCUAUGGUGACCCCUCGAGGUUGUUAUACACAGCCCCCCUGAGGAGAGCGGCCGCCUCAGGGGUUCGAGGGUCGGAGCCGGGAGAGAAAGGUGGGAUUUCAGAGGCGGGGCCAGAGGUGGAUGUGACCGGAUACGGGAGUGAUGGUGACAUCCUUGCCAAGAAUGUACAUGCAGACGAUAUCAGUGGGUACCACACAGACGGAGGUCUUUACUCACGGAAUGUCGACCUCUACUCUCGAAAUGUUGGACGCCCACCUGAGAUGACACCUGCUCGAGAGGUCGUUCAGAAAGGGGUCAAAGAGAUGCAAGGGGAAGACAGCUGGGAUGACAGCAGUUCAGUCAGCAGUGGUUUGAGUGAUACUUUGGAUAACAUCGGCACUGACGAUCUGAAUCCUCCCACGUAUUCUGGCAUCUCAUCUCGCAAGAGCAAAGCAGCACAGUCAAAUAAAGAUACACACAGACAUACCGAGCAGGAUGCUAGCAGCUGGGCUGGUGCUGAGGAUCUGAAGAAGGUUGACGAAGAGAUGGAGCCAGGGAUGGACAAGUGGAAGACUUCAUCCCCGUCCUCUUCAUGUCAGGGUGAGGAUGUUGGCCAGAAGACAGGUUUGUCCAUGUCUCAAACAGGCUCCUGGAGGAGGGGCAUGAGUGCCCAGGUUGGCAUCACGCCACCACGGACCAAAGGCACGUCAACCUCUCUCAAAACACCAGGUAAAACAGAUGAUGCCAAGGCAUCUGAGAAAGGCAAGACCCCAUCUAAGAGCCCCAGCAUCCAGCGCUCACCAUCAGAUGCGGGCAAGAGUAGCGGAGAUGAAGGAAAGAAGCCACCCUCAGGCAUUGGUCGGCCACCUACCACAAGCUCCUUCGGAUUUAAGAAAAUUCCAGGUCCCGCCGGAGCCCUCAUCACAGCCAGCGGAGCCACUCUAACCAGUGGUUCUGCUACUCUAGGCAAGGUACCCAAGUCUGCAGGCAUCGGAAAGGGCACAGCAAUCGGCAACGGGCGGAAGACAAGUCUUGAUGGUGCUCAACACCAGGACGACGCUGUUUUGUUAGGUUGUGGAGGCUCAAAAGUUCCACUCCAGUAUCGCUCCUUACCUAGACCGGCAAAGUCAUCUAGUGGGGGAAGCAGCGUGGUGGGCCGCAGUGGGCAUCGUUCUAGCUCUAGCAGCAUUGAUUCGAAUGUCAGCGGCAAGUCUGCGGGAGGUAGUGGAGGGGUGGUAGGAACCCCAACCAGCACCAAGAGAAGAGAUCCCGGGAAGGUAGGAUCAGGACGCUCAAGUCCCGUCUCCAUCAACCAGACAGAUAAGGAGAAAGUUGCAGGAUCGGAUCAGGAGGGAACAGGGUUAUCCACCUCCCCCAAAUCCAGUCCAACAUCCACCCAAUCUGGACUCAGACAGCCAGGCUCCAAAUACCCAGACAUUGCAUCCCCCACAUUCCGCAGGUUGUUUGGCAGUAAGGCCAGCAGUAAACCCAGUUCCCCUGGCACCCCUGACUCUGGUAAAUGCCCAUCGGCACUGGGCAGCCCCCAUGGCACACUGGCGCGGCAGGCCAGCCUGGAUUCACCCUCCUCAGGAACAGGUAGUCUGGGCAGCAUGGGUGGGCAGAGCGGAGGCAGCAGCCCGCUGUACGGCAAAACGCCUGACCUGUGUACUGACUCCCCGGCGUCUAGUCCGGCAUCAGGCCUCUCUCUGCCCUCUAACGCCCGGCCUUGGCCACCAAACCUCAGCAGUUCUUCUGCAGGCAGUAAAGACACACUGAGCUGCCACAGUAUGACCAGUUUACACACAAGCUCAGAGUCCAUAGACCUGCCGCUCCCACACCACCAUGGGCCAAAAGUCACCCGCACGGGCAGCGUCAAGUCCACCCUCUCUGAGGGCAUGCCUCUUGACAGAAACACUCUUCCCAAAAAGGGAUUAAGGUACCCGCCGUCCUCCAGACAGACGUCACAUGAGGAAGGAAAGGAAUGGUUGCGUUCUCACUCCACUGGAGGUCUGCAGGACACAGGAAGUCCACUUUCACCACCGGGCACAACCAGCACCAACACUGGCAAAUACCACUACUCAAACCUGCUGAGUCCCACCAGUAUGUCGCAGUAUAAUCUUCCCAGCACCAGUAUGAGCCGCUCCAACAGUAUUCCAGCACAGGACUCGUUUGAGCUGUAUGGGGAGGGACACACUUUGGGUGGCAGUGCCACCUCACUGGAGGAACGGCCACGUGGGAUGAGCCGGUCAGGCUCCUUCCGGGACAGCACAGAUGAAGUUCAUGGUUCUUCUCUGUCUUUGGUCUCAAGCACAUCAUCUUUGUAUUCUGCGGUGCUGGCAUUUUUAGACAAGACGGAGGAGAAGGCCCACUCGGAGGGCCAAACAGUCCAAAAUACAACGCAAAUCAGAAAACUGCGAAGAGAGCUGGACGCUUCUCAGGAGAAAGUGGCAACCCUGACCUCUCAACUGGCGGCCAACGCACAUCUGGUGGCGGCGUUUGAAAAAAGUCUGGCGAACAUGACCUGUCGACUGCAGAGUCUAACCAUGACAGCGGAGCAAAAGGAGUCCGAGCUUGCAGAGUUAAGAGAGACCAUCGAAGCAUUGAAAGCUCAGAACACAGACGCUCAGACGGCCAUUCAAGUUGCCCUCAACGGCCCCGAUCAUGUUCAUAAAGCAGACCUGAGGAUCCGUCGACAGCACUCGUCAGAAAGUAUGUCCAGUAUUAACAGCGCAGCCAGCCACUCCAGUAUGGGUAGCGCUAAAGACGCCGACGACAAGAAGAAAAAGAAGAAAAGCUGGGUGGCUGAUUCCAUCCCCGCCCAGUUACGGAGCUCCUUUAAGCAGGCCUUCAGCAAGAAAAAGACAAACAAGCCUCAAUCAUCUCACGAUGAGAUUGAAGAGAUGACUGACUCAUCCCUCCCUUCUUCACCCAAACUACAACACACCAACAGACAGACCAGCACCACCCAACCACUACGUUCAUCACCAUCCACCACAGAACUGUGUGAAUGUACAGAAGCUGAGGCAGAGAUUAUCCUCCAGCUAAAGAACGAGCUGAGAGAGAAGGAGCUGAAGCUGACCGAUAUUAGACUGGAGGCGUUAAGCUCCGCCCACCACCUUGACCAGAUACGAGAAGCCAUGAACCGCAUGCAGAAUGAAAUUGAGCUAUUAAAGGCAGAGAACGACAGGCUCAAGUCCAGUGGCAACACCACACCUGCCGCCACACCUGCUAAAACAGCCCGUCCCCCUUCAGAAACCUCCAGCACGUCCUCCUCAUCCUCACGGCAGUCUCUGGGGCUGUCGCUAAACAACCUCAACAUCACAGACACCAUUAUGUCAGAUAUUCUGCUGGAUGACGGCUAUGAGGGCAAUCUACGCAAAGAGGGCCGAAGUGUCCGAAUAGUGGUCACCAUCAACAGCGACUCCAACAAAACCAAGGCUAUGCAGAAGAAGGAGUAUCUGAUUGGAUCCAUCGGCGUCAGUGGCAAGACUAAGUGGGAUGUGUUGGAUGGUGUAAUACGACGCUUGUUUAAGGAGUAUGUGUUCCGCGUGGACCCGUUGACCAGUUUGGGCCUGAAUUCAGAUAGUAUAGUGUGCUACAGAAUGGGGGAUGUGGUCCGAUCUCACGCCUCUGAGGUUCCUGAACUGCUGCCAUGUGGAUAUCUAGUAGGCGACAACAACGUCAUCACAGUUAGUCUCAAAGGUGUGAAAGAAGGUAGCAUUGAUGAAUUGGUGUUUGACACACUGAUUCCUAAACCCAUCAUUCAACGAUACUUGAACCUGCUGAUGGAGCACCGCAGAAUUAUCUUGUCUGGUCCCAGUGGGACUGGUAAAUCCUACCUAGCCACUAAACUAGCCAACUACAUCAUCUCCAAGAUUGGUCAAGAGGUGACCGACACUAACCUGGCUAGCUUCAAUGUGGACCAGAAAUCCAGCAAGCAGGAUCUUCGGCAGUACCUCUCAAGCCUGGCCGAGCAAUGCAACACAGAAGAGUGUGAGAUCGAGCUGCCCUCCGUAGUUAUUCUGGAUAACCUCCAUCAUAUUGGCUCCCUUAGUGACAUCUUCAAUGGAUUCCUCAACUGCAAAUACCACAAAUGCCCAUAUGUCAUUGGAACUAUGAACCAGGGUGUUUCCUCAUCUCCAAACUUGGAGCUUCAUCAUAACUUCAGGUGGGUGCUGUGUGCCAAUCACACUGAGCCAGUAAAGGGCUUCCUGGGCCGAUUCCUGAGAAGAAAGCUUAUUGAAACUGAGAUUGCUAAAAACAUGCGCAGUAACGACCUCAUCAAAAUCAUCGACUGGGUCCCUAAAACCUGGCAACACCUCAAUUCCUUCUUAGAGGCUCACAGCUCUUCUGACGUCACUAUUGGUCCCCGGCUGUUUCUGUCGUGUCCGAUGGAUGCGGACGGCUCACGUGUUUGGUUCACCGAUCUGUGGAACUAUUCUCUGGUGCCAUAUCUACUGGAAGCAGUGCGAGAAGGACUGCAGCUGUAUGGAAAAAGGGCGGCAUGGGAAGACCCCUCCAAAUGGGUGAUUGACACCUACCCCUGGAGCUCCGCCUCCUUGCAACAUGAGGGCCAGUCACUGCUGCAGCUGCGGCCGGAGGAUGUGGGCUAUGAUGGCUACAGCUCCUCCAAAGACGGAGCCGCCUCCAAACAAGUAUCUCAGAGCGACACAGAGGGAGACCCACUGAUGAAUAUGCUGAUGAGGCUACAGGAAGCUGCUAACUACUCCAGCGCCCAGAGCUGUGACAGCGACAGCGCCAGUCACCACGACGACCUGCUGGACUCCUCAUUGGAGUCUGCCCUCUAAGGCCCUCCCCAUUAGAAGAGGAAGUCUUCUAAUUGGUUUAAAACCAGAGCAAAGGGCCCACAGGACUUGUGCUUAUGAAACAGGCUUAUGAAACGCCUGACGCCUCCGGUGGUAAAAGAAUGCAGAGUCCAGGAUGCGGCGAAUGAAAAGGUGCUGGUGGCACACACGACACUGGCGAAAAGUGUGUGUGCCCACAUAAAUAAACAAAAACAACUGGAAUUUGAAUUUGUUGGAGGUGAUCCGUUAGUUAAACAUGUUUACAGAGGCAAGCGUUUAUUUUAAAUUCACUGAGGUGCGAAAACCUAAAGGGCAACAUUCUGAAUUCUGACCUCGGUCAAUAAACUGGUGCUGCCGUGGUGCCAAACCCAACACGCGGUUUACACUCAUCUCGCCAGCACCGUUCAUGAAACGCCUCUAGCCAACAAGCACAAACGUGCAACGUGUCAUUACCGCUACUGUGAAAUCAUACGCAAAUUCGCAAAUCUCCACCACUCGUUUCACUGCCAAGCGUAUAGUGACCUACAGCACCCCUGCACCACCGACUGCAGCUUACACAUCGUUCCAUGCAGUAGUCUUUCGUUCGACCCCACGGCCAUGUGCGUAGUUCUUUCUCCUCUCCACAGGUACGAGGCAACUGCUUGUAGGAGAGUGUACCAGCUUUGUGAAAAAGACCAGAAAAUGGUGCUUUCUUGCUGCCUUAAAUGUGCUGAGCUCUGAAGACAUUUAAACGUGGUGCCGCUGUCCUUUUUCGAGAAACGAUGGCGUAGGACAGAAGCGAUCAAACGUUUUCCUAAAGAUGCCACGUCCACAUAUUUUAUUUUUGUUACAAUUAGUGUGUUAGUGUCAAACACGCCCUUAUAAACGGUCCAAAUGUAUAAAAGUAAAAAAGAUCUUUAUGUAAUCCCAGUUGAGCUGGGAUCACUUGAAUCGAGAGCACAAAUCCGACGCGUCGCUUCGCUAGCAUGCCGUUUUUACUUUGCUAUAUGUGUGUACGCGCACGGAAACGUUUUUUUUUCCGCUCCCGUGCGUCGGUGUUCGUGUAGUCGAAAGUCAUUCAUCCUUUCUUUUGUUUGCUACGUGGGUUUUGCACAGUUGAAAAGGUGAUUGUAAAUAUCCAAGUCUUGCACAGCCUCUUAAAAGAUGCACUCUGCCCGGUCGGUAUUGCGUUUCUGCUCUUCUAGUCUAGCAUUACGCUCUUGUGAUUUACAGAGAAAAAAAAAGCAACCAGCAACCUGUCCAAACCGUAUAUGUCUUGUAAUGACUGGUUAUUAUACAGAGCUCUAAACUGUACAGUGAGAGGUGAAGUGUUUUUCAAUUUCAGAAAACUUUAGUGUCAGUUUGCUGUUCAAGGGCAUAAAAUCAUUCAAAGCGAUUCACUGUUUUAUCUUCGCAAUGCAUCAGAGCCCAACCAUAUCUAUAACUUGCAUUACACUGUUACACUUCCUGUCCUGCAGCUUUCAGAGACACUGGUCCCUUUGGACGUAUAAGCCCCACUUAAAGACCCCAUGAAUGUUUUGUGAUAACAAGAAGUUAUUGUAGAGCCCGACUGCCGAAAAUAGCCAUUCUAAAGAGCAUUUGAUUGGACGGAAAAGUGUAUGCGUUCUUUAAAGAAGGAUGAUUUUCAUCCAUUGUGAUUCAAAUAUGUUUAUGAAAGAUAAAUACUGUACAUUUUAAAUGUGUAUAUCUGCUUAAAGUAUUUUUUGUCAACGUUUAAGAGUACAAGAGCAUAUAAAUGACCUUGAAAUGAAUUGGGGGUCAAAACUUCAUUUUGAAUUCAUGGGAUUUUUAAAUAUUCAUGAGUAUCAUUGCACUAGGUAACAAAAUCGAAUCAAGUGGCAUAUAUUUUGCAAACAAACAUUCAUGAAGUUGUUACGUUUUUUAAAUAAAACAUUGCUGUGUUCAAAAUGAACACAAAAUCAUCAAACGUAGACGAAUUACACCUGUGGUUAAGACUUCUGGGUGACUCCACGACAAAAUUAACAUUAAGGCUGGGUGAAAAUAUUCCCUGAUAGCACAUGUACAUCUCGGAGACGUCUAUUUGACAAAUGCAUUUACAUCUGCAAGAUGUAUUUUUACAUAGUUUGAAUUCGUUAAAUACACGUCUAUUGGAUGUCUUUAAGAUGUUUAUGAGUUAGAAUGUAUGUAAAACUGACAUCAUACAGAUGUCUGCCAGACGUUUGUACACAGCAGAUGCUUUCCAGAUCAAGAGAUCUUUAACAGACAUCUUGCAUAUGUACAUGUGCUAUUUCUCGAUUUUAAUCUAUUCUUAUUUUUACAAAACGAUAUUGAUUUUUAAAUCACGUACAAAUCGUGAACAAGCAUCCGAAGGUAUGUUAAAAGAAAGAGUACAACUUACCGAAAUCCGUACCCUGUCUCAUGUAAUCGCUCGUUCAGUGUUUAAACCGCGGAAAGACGUCAACAGCUUGUAAACAACAAUGUAGUAUGUCACGAAACGUCACAUUUACCUCAGACAAAAAUACUUGGUGACCAAAAACUCGUUAGUCAGCUAGAAAAAUGAACUCUAGAGAGGACCGUUUUGACAUAUAUGCAUCAUAUAACAUUAUUCAUUACACUUUCUACUGUUCUUCAAUACUGGAUUUACGUUUGAAUAAAUCCGGCAAGAUUUUAUGAUGGCCACCAUUUAAAUGUUUAUAUUUCAAAAAACGAAUUGAAGUAAAAAUAUAAUUAUUUAAUGCAGAUUUGAUGUUAUAAAAACUUCACUGAGUGUAAUUUAAGCGUUUGGAUACAAAUAAUGUGAUUUUAACCUUCAGUAUUGGCUAUAGUAAUGUAAUACUAUAGAUUUUUAUUCCUUGAGAAAAUCUGCCAUGUACUGUACCUGAUAUAUCUCCAAAAUAAUCUAAAUCAAAUCACAAGCUUGUGAAUUAGAAUCGAAUUGAAUUGUAAAAUUUGUGAAGUCAGUUGACGAUUGGUUUGGUGUUUUGCUAUCUAAUGUAAUGAUACUCAAUUUUGACUAAAGUGUCUGAAUACUUCUUAGGGCCACUGUAAAUCGCUUACAUAUUAGCAAAAAUGUUCGACAGUUUACCCAAUUUACUGUGAAAGACUUUUCAUUGGAUUAUAUUUUAAGAGUUUGCACAUGUUUACAGUAAAUGAAUCUCUGUUUGCUUGAUGUACAUGGUGAGGAGAUCAAGGUGUUUCAUACAAGGUGCUAUAGGUGAAGCAUUGAAAAGCUUUGCGUCUCUGUCUUAUAUGAUCAGGCCUUCACCACAUCCAGCUUCACCUUCUGACUCAAAAUAACUCAUUCUCACUGCCACAGUUUUACAGGCUUUAACCUUUGAGUCUUUCCAAUCUACCUUUUUGUUGAUUCAGGAAACGGCUUCUUUUGAAUUCCUCAGCACUGCUGCGGUGCUAUGUAUUAACCUCCAAACUCUGUGACUCUGUGCCUGAUGCUUUGCUUGUCAACCAUUGUUCAGUGUAAAACUACUCAACGGAAACAUUUCUAAGAAGUGCAGUAAAGGUUUCAAACUGCCUAAUGGUCCCUAACCUCAAACACAAAUAGUGAUUGUCCAUGGUACAUCAGAAGUCGUCUUUUUCAUUUUCUUCAUGUUAUUGCAAACCCAUCUCUCGGUGAGCGCAUAACAUUGAACUACUUUGAAAAUGUUUCUUUUCAGGUGGAACAUUUGUUGGUAGAUGUUUUAUAUUUUGUACAUUUGUAAGUAACAUAUCAUGUAAAUAGAAAGAGACCACAAUUUAAUUCAUCUGGGGGAUUUUGUAGUCUUUGUAAAGCCCUAAUAAAUGGUAUUUGGUGUCACCUGA